AAACACUUGAAAAGUCUCACUUUCGUUAUCCGUUUCCAGUUUCUACCAAGGAGAGUCUUCUCAAUGACAGUCUAGCAUUCAAAAAGAUUUAUCACAUAACACAACAAGUAAGCAGAGUAUUACAAAACAAUGGUGGGUAGUAUUGUUGGCAGUAACAUGGCGGCGACUGAUGCGAGGUUUCUAAGUUCCAAUUUUGGUAACAGUUUCAGCAUCAACACCAGACUUCACAGAUUCCAUGAUCGCUCCCAAAUCGUAAUCCCUAGGGCUCAGUCUUCUUCUCCGUCCCCAUCUCCCCCCUCCGACAAAAAGAAGUCCAAGACCCGACCCGGUACCACAACCAUUAAGGAAAGCGAAGAGACUGCGGCGAAGAAACUCGACGCAGCACCAGCAGCUCCGCCUUCGCCUCAGUCACCGCCGUCACUGAAGCUGGACGAUGUGAACCCUGUGGGGUUAGGACGGCGAUCGCGGCAGAUCUUCGAUGAGGUGUGGCGUAAAUUCUCUGGAUUAGGUCAGAUGUCGAGGACGACCCGACCCGAUGAGCAGGAGACUCUUGAUAGUCUUCUCAUUAGAGAAGGACCUAUGUGUGAGUUCGUUGUUCCUGGCGCUCAAAACGUCACCGUUUUAGUCGUCGGAGCUACUAGUCGAAUCGGCCGUAUCGUCGUCCGUAAACUCUUGCUCCGUGGCUACACCGUUAAGGCACUGGUGAGGAAACAAGAUGAGGAAGUGAUGAGUAUGCUGCCAAGAUCAGUGGAUAUUGUUGUUGGAGAUGUGGGCGAACCGUCAACGCUCAAAUCCGCAGUUGAAAGCUGCAACAAGAUCAUCUACUGCGCCACAGCUCGGUCUACUAUUACUGCUGACCUUACCCGGGUUGAUCAUUUGGGUGUUUAUAACCUCACCAAGGCUUUUCAGGUAUAAACUAAGUUUGUCCAC